AUGCAGUCUAUUUCAAAGCGACUUACAACGGUUUUACAUGAUACUGUAUUAGGCAGUUGCGAUAUUGAAAAAAAUCGAUAUAUCGAUAUCGAAAAAAAAAAUAUUGAUAAUAUUGACUAUAUCGAAUUAUGCAAAUGAGAAAACGUAAUUUAGUCAACUUGCAUGUAUAUGCAUCACAAACAGUUAAAAAGAAGUGCAUGAAACCAGUCAUUGUACGUCUCAAAGAUUUAUUAACAACAGUUUAUCUGUCAUCUCCAACUCAGCUUUUAAUUUCAAUUGCCCACGCACUUGUAACAUAAAUUCACAAUUGCCGCCAUACACACAUUGUCUAAACUUCACCGAUGAAAACAAUAAUUGCCGAAUAAUCGCAGAUUAAGUUGUUUAGUUACAACUUUCGAUAUGCGAAAUAUUAAAUAUCGAUAUAUUUGAAAUAUCGAUAUAUCGCAACUGCCUAUGCUGUGUGCGACCACCUCAUGCAAAUCUGGUUGAUAAUAAUAGAUGUUUCUUUUCCAAACAUUUUCCCAAGACAAUCAUCUUAUUUCGGGAUCAACAAUUUUUCCUUGACAACUUUUAUUUGACAACUUUUAUUUGACAAGUUUGUUUUCUUGUGAUGUUACUCUGAGUGUAUGACCACACCGGCAUAUGCCAGGCAUAUUUUUCAAGCUUACCUGGUGUGGAUAUACACUUGAGUAAACAUCACAAGCAUCAUAUUCACCUGAGUACAUUACACCAACACACAAAAAAUUCAAGUUUGUUUUCUUUGUGUGUACAUAAAUUUUUAAGCUUGCCUUACCAAGUUUUGUAAAAAAUAAUUUACUUAUUUUUUGCAGUUGAAGAAAUUAAGUGGUACUGGUAAAUCGGUUGCCAAGGCUGAAAAGUACGAAAUGAAAGAGUGAGUAAAAAUUUAUGCAAAUAUAUUUUUUGUCUAUAAUUCGUACCUUUUUUGUGUUGGUGUUACAUACUCAGGGUGAAUAUGAUAUUUGUGGUGUUACUCUGAGAAUGCAUCCACACCAGGCAAGCUGAAAAGUUUACCUGACCAUGGUGGGAAUUGAACCCACAACCUUUGGGAUACAUAGAUAGAGAAAAUACUUAAUGGUGUGUUGCCACUUGAAGGGUUCACAGGAUACAUGGGCAUAUACUCUGAUUAACCCAUUGACUGACAGCACUUUCAUCUCUUCAUUUCUAGUGAGGUCAAAGGUUAUAACCCAGCAACAGACUCAACCCUCCCAACCUCCAGCAAGAAACGUAAACAUGAAGAGACAGUUUAUACAGAAGAGACAAACGGUCAACCUGAAGGUAUGCUUAUGUCAUUCACUAAUGUAUUAUUUAUAAUUGAUGUUAGUGAGCAACACUGUCCAUUACCCAGAUUUUUGUUAAUAAUUUAAGAGACAGAUGAUGAGAUCGUCCACAAUGAUGUUGAGCAAAUUUUAAAAAUAUUUUUUAGCUAGGGGUGCAUCGGAACCACAAUUUUUCAGAGUCUAGCGCCAGGCGAUUUUGCUUGUCAAUGGGAAAGCUCUGCGGCUUAACCAAAAAGUCUAACGUUUCUAGUUAACCCAUUGAGCCGCAAUGCGCCCUACUUAUUUUUUUACUUGUCUAAUGCCAGGCGAUUUUGCUCAUCAAUGGGAAAGCUCUGCAGCUUAAUGGGUUAACCAAAAAGUCUGACAAUGUUUAUAGUUAACCCAUUGAGCUGCAAUGCGCCCUACUUAUUAUUUUUUUAGUUGUCUAACGCCAGACAUUUUACUUGUCAAUGGGGAAGCUCUGCAGUUUAAUGGGUUAAACUUUGUUUGCUUGAGUGAAGAUAUAACUAGUUAAUUGUGAACAAGAACUUUUCAUCCAAUUUUAUAAUCUUUAUUUUUGGGAAAGGAGGAAAAAGUAAAGACUAAAUCCUUAACUUUUCGUCCAUUUUUACCUGCUGUACUUUUUUGAUUUUUGUAAAAGUGGUGAAAAAUAGCAAAUGCAGGCCCUAAAUGUUUCGUCCAUUUUAGCCAGGCAUACAUUUGUUUAGAUCAUCUUUAUUAUUCACAUCAACUUCCCUUUUAACUAUAAUAGACAAUAAUUCCAUUGCCCUUAAAGGCACAGUUCAGCCUUUUGGAUGAUACUUUAUAAGGCGCGUUUCCCUUGAGAAAAAAAAUUAACUAGGAAAAUCAAUUAUGCAUAAUUCAAUAUCAGUAAACUCAAUGUUUUUAACAAUAAAAAUGAUUUUAAGUGUUAAAAACAUCAAGUUUGCAGAUUUUGAAUUAUGCUCAAUUGAUUUUCCUAGUUAGUUUUUCUCAAUUAAAAGGGCGGAAAUGCGCCUUAAAACCAUCAUUGAAAAGGUUGAACUAUGCCUUUAAUGUUUACAUUCCAAUUUUGUUGCUGAAUAGUUUAAGACAAAUAAAUGUUAAUUUUUCGUAGGAGGAAUCAACUCCCAAGAGCU